CACGGGUCGACGCCACGAUUUCCGCGACUACUGUUUUCGGCCAUCGACCUUCGAGUACCGAAUCCAAGGUCUCUCGUCGGUCUGGACUUGCAAAGGAGCACUGACUUACUGUUUGAUGCUUACGAAUUUCUUUUUCAACUUUCAGUAUCACAAAGAGAUUUUAAGCUUUUUGAUUACCUUCAUGUUCGGGGUUUAUCGAAUCGGUAGUCGCAUUGUUGCGCAAGCCUUGUAUCAACCGGGGAACAGCAUUUCACUGGUGAAUUGACCCUCAGGUAGUAGGCCUAAUUCUGUGGGCAAUGCAUAAUCCAAAGAUAUGAAACCCUUGUACAGGGCAAUCUCUCCUGUGUUUUGAUUUCUAUAUCAGCAAUGCACCCCCGUGUCUCCAUUUUGUGGCUCUUGAAUUCUUCUUCGCUCUAUGAUCUCACCUAAGCACCCUCAGGAGCAACCAUGCCUCAGCAAAUUCUCACACACCAAUCCGACGCGUCCAGCAAUGCGGUCGACACCAACAUCGAUCUCGAGAAAGGACACGAGCUCCACCGCCAUUUGACAAACAGUGUUGUGACCAGCUUUUCCUGGGAUGCCGUCAGCGUCACGGUCAAAGAUCGAAAGUCUGGACAACCUCUCAAGAUUCUGGACUCAAACCAUGGCUGCGUCAAGGCCGGCAGCGUCCUGGCCUUGAUGGGCCCAAGUGGUUCCGGCAAAACAACCCUCCUCAAUGUAUUGGCCCAUCGCACCUCCACCAUGAAGGGAGAUUUCGACGGCAAGAUCAUGAUCAAUGGACAGGUUACCAACCAACAGUCGAUUCGCAAAGUGUCGAGUUAUGUGGAACAGGAAGACGCAAUGAUUGGUAUCCUCACGACGCGAGAGACUGUCGACUUCGCUGCACGGUUGUCGCUCCAAGGGACUUUGUCCAAGAAAGACAGAAUCGCCAGAGUCGAUGAACUCAUCGAGUCCUUUGGUCUUCAGCGCCAGAAAGAUAUUAUUGUGGGCACACCACUUCGCAAAGGAUUGAGUGGUGGACAAAAGCGCCGACUCAGCGUUGCCAGCCAGCUUGUCACAUCCCCGCGCAUCCUCUUCCUCGACGAGCCUACCAGCGGUCUUGACUCGGCUGCGUCUUUCGAAGUCAUGAAUUACAUCAAGCAGAUUGCCAAAGAGUACCGCCUGAUUUGCAUCGCAUCCAUCCACCAGCCCUCGACGACAACAUUCGAUUUGUUUGACCAAUUGAUGCUUCUUUCUGAAGGCCGCACGUGCUACUUUGGCCCUCUGGCCGACGUCCAGGCCUAUUUCAACCGAAUCGAUCGACCUAUCCCGGUCCAUACCAAUCCAGCCGAAUUUCUCCUGGACCUGGUCAAUGGCGACUUUAGCCAUGGGGGCGAGGACAGUCCUGCGAAAAACGAGCUCAAAUACAUCCAAGACGCGUGGUCAUCAUGCACCGAAUGCAAGCAAGUUAUCAACGAGUGCAGCUCGAUCUUGGUAGAUGGAACGUCGUCGCCAGUGCUACCGUCUUACCACCAGAAUAGCCUGGCAUUGUCCUGGAUCCUUCUUCACCGCAACUUCAUCAAAUCCUACCGAGACAUCAUUGCCUACGGCACCCGCGUAGUCAUGUAUUUCGGUCUGGCCAUCAUGAUGGGUACGGAUUAUUUGGUUCUUGCACGAAAUUUGAUCCUUGCUGACAUUGGUUUCCCCCCUAGGUACUGUUUGGCUGCGGCUCUCUUACGAUCAAUCUUCGAUCCAACCCUUCAUCAACGCGAUCUUCUUUGGAGGAGCAUUCAUGUCGUUCAUGGCUGUCGCCUACGUUCCCAGCAUCAUCGAAGACCUGCAAACAUUCCGUAAAGAGAGGGCGAAUGGUCUCUACGGCCCGUUGCCAUUCACCAUCGCCAACGCGCUCGUCAGUAUCCCUUGGCUCUUCCUCAUCGCUCUCAUGUUCAGCAUCAUCACAUACUGGCUGGGACAUUUCAGACCAACGGCAGGCGGCUUUUGGAUGUGGGUGUUGUGGUUGUUCCUCGACCUCCUUGCCGCCGAAGGCCUCGUGGUUCUCGUGUCGAGCAUCUUCCCGAUAUUUGUCGUCAGUCUCGCCAUCACUGCGUUCGCCAACGGCCUCUGGAUGUGUGUCGGCGGGUUCCUUGUUCCUCUCGGCACCUUGAAUGUGUUUUGGAAAUACGUCUUCCAUUACAUCGAUUAUCAAAGCUACGUGUUCCAAGGAAUGAUGGCAAACCAGUUCAGAAGCACAAUCUGGAACUGCGACAAAUUGGCAUCCGGAUAUCAGUGCAUGUAUACUAGUGAUCUCGAAUCCGAGGGCAAAAUUCGCGGAACGGCCGUACUACGGGCCUACAAGUAUCCCUGGUCUGACGAUAAAAUCGGGGAGUGGAUCGGAAUCAUGUUUGCCAUCAUCUUUGCGUAUCGGAUUUUGGGAUACCUGGCUCUGGUUAUCAAGAAGCACUAGAGAGAACAGACGGCGUGUCCUCUUGAUUUGGUGUUACUCUGCCAUUAGAAAAAGGAGCAGGACGUUGAGGAAGAGAAAAUUGAUGGGAGUGUGUUGUUUUUGACGAAGCAGAAUUGUCCUUACAUAGAGUCCUAGACAUGCAAUAAUUAAUAGAAUUUCAGUUUU